CUUCCUUACUGUCUCCUUCUUCUCCCAGACAGACCCUGCCCUUUCCUCUCUGUCGCUUGCUGUGUGUGUGUAUGUGUGUGUGUGUGUGUGUGUGUGUGCACUCUGCUGUAAAGGACUGGGACACUGACAAUGAGAAGACUUCUCCACAGCCUGCAAUGCUGACCCUGCACUCCCUCCUGCUGGGAAUUCAUGGUAAGUGUUCCCCGUGCUGCCUUUGAAUGUCCGUCGCCAUGGCUAAACGUGAGAGCGGCAGUGCCAGCCCCGUGGUCAGGCAGAUAGACAAGCAGUUCCUGGUCUGCAGCAUCUGUUUGGACCAUUAUCACAACCCCAAGGUCCUUCCCUGCCUGCACACCUUCUGUGAGAAGUGUUUACAGAACUACAUCCCGCCCCAGUCCUUGACCCUGUCUUGCCCGGUAUGCAGACAGACCUCCAUCUUGCCUGAGAAGGGCGUGGCAGCCCUGCAGAACAACUUCUUCAUCACAAACCUAAUGGAGGUGUUGCAGAGAGACCCCGAGUGCAGCCGACCGGAGGCCUGCAACGUUCUCGAGUCGGCCAGUGCAGCUACAGCCUGUCAGCCCCUCUCCUGCCCCAACCACGAGGGCAAGGUGAUGGAGUUCUACUGCGAGUCAUGUGAAACAGCCAUGUGUCUGGAGUGCACAGAGGGAGAACACAGGGAACAUGUGACGGUUCCUCUGAGGGAUGUGCUAGAACAGCACAAGUCUGCGCUGAAAAACCAGCUGGACACUGUGCGCAACAGACUACCUCAGUUGACGGCUGCCAUUGACCUGGUGAAUGAAAUCUCCAAGCAGCUUUCGGAGAGGAAAAAUGACGCUGUGUCUGAAAUCAGCAGCACUUUUGAUGAGCUGGAGAAAGCGUUACACCAACGCAAGACAGCGCUCAUUAAUGAAGUGGAAAACAUCUGCGGCACCAAGCAGAAGGUGCUCCAAACACAGCUGACGUCUUUGCUUCAGGGUAAAGAAAACAUCCAAAGCAGCUGUAACUUCACAGAACAGGCGCUGAGCCACGGCAGCGCCACUGAAGUCCUGCUGGUCCAGAAGCAGAUGAGCGAGCGGGUCAGCGCUCUGGCCCGGCACACCUUUCCCGAGCAUCCUCACGAAAAUGGACAUCUGGAAUGCCAGGUAGAGACGGAUGGGCUGCGGCGCUCCAUCCAGAACCUGGGUGUGCUGAUCACGACCGGGGCUGUGGGCCACACCAGCGUCGCCACAGGUGAAGGCCUGCGACACGCACUGGUCGGCCAACACACCACUGUCACCGUCACCACUAAAGACAAGGACGGAGAACUGGUGAAGAGCGGCAACGCCGCCCUCAGGGCUGAGAUCGUGUCCGUGGAUGGAACGUGCACCGAGGCGGAGGUGGCGGACAACAAAAAUGGCACCUACGAGGUUGGAUAUACCGUCCGCUCAGAGGGAGAACACGCCUUCUCUUUGCUGCUGUAUGAACAGCCCGUGAGGGGGAGUCCAUUCCGCCUGCGUGCGGUCAAACCGUCAGACGUCCUGCAGUCGCCGGACGACGUGAAGAGGAGAGUGAAGUCGCCGAGUGGAGGGGGAGGUCACGUUCGGCAGAAGGCCGUCCGCAGACCCUCCAGCAUGUACAGCACCACCAAGAAAAAGGAAAACCCAAUAGAGGAUGAGCUGAUCUACAGAGUGGGAACAAGAGGGCGAGAUAAAGGAGAAUUUACUAACUUGCAAGGCAUCUCCACCUCCAGUAAUGGACGCAUUGUUGUGGCAGACAGCAACAACCAGUGCAUACAGGUAUUUUCAAACGAUGGUCAGUUUAAAAUGAGGUUUGGGGUCAGGGGUCGGUCACCGGGGCAGCUGCAGCGCCCCACAGGGGUCACGGUGGACAUGAACGGCGACAUCAUCGUCGCCGACUACGACAACAGAUGGAUCAGCAUCUUCUCCUCGGACGGAAAGUUCAAGAACAAAAUAGGAGCCGGGAGACUGAUGGGACCAAAAGGCGUGGCCGUGGAUAAGAACGGACACAUCAUCACAGCCGACAACAAGGCCUGCUGCGUCUUCAUCUUCCAGUCAAACGGGAAGCUGGUGACCAAGUUUGGAGCCAGAGGGACGUCCGACAGACACUUCGCAGAAAAAAGUGGUGCAAACAUUGCACUGGAACAAAAGCUUAGUAAAUCUGGCCCUGUUUUCAGUCCUCACUUUGUGGCUGUAAAUAACAAAAAUGAAAUAGUGGUAACAGACUUCCAUAACCAUUCAGUGAAGGUGUACAAUGCUGACGGGGAGUUCCUGUUUAAAUUCGGCUCCCAUGGAGAGGGGAACGGGCAGUUCAACGCCCCGACAGGCGUAGCUGUGGACGCCAAUGGAAACAUCAUCGUUGCAGACUGGGGCAACAGCCGGAUCCAGGUGUUCGACAGCUCAGGCUCCUUCCUGUCCUACAUCAACACGACAGCGGACCCGCUCUACGGCCCGCAAGGCCUGGCCCUGACGUCCGACGGUCACGUGGCAGUGGCCGACUCUGGGAACCACUGCUUCAAGGUCUACCGCUACCUGCAGUAGAAGCACUGACGACGACACAACCAAUGUAAUCCACGGAGUGCGAUGACCUUUCCAGUACAGCCUGUUUUUGUUUUGUUUUUUUGUUUUUGUUUUUUUUUUAAAAUGUGCACAUCAGCUGAUCUACCGGAUAUUAUAAAGUGACUGAGUUUCCUCUUUACCGCGUGUAUUCAAGGUUGAUUAUGAAGUUGGAUGAUGUAGCGUCAGACAUGAAGUCAAGGACUGGUUUCACAGAACAUGUGUUGAAGGUCUUAUUAUUAUCAUUAUUAUUGUUAAUAAUAAAAAUAAUAAGAAGAAGAAGAAUAAACCCCCGCACCCAGACAGUGAAGGAGAUGGAAGUAUUUAAUAAUGAGCCAUAACUUGUCCAAAUGCAUGAAGUUUUCUUUUUAUGCCUUUUAUCGCCUAGGCAACGACACCGCAUACGCAUCAGUUGCUUCUCGAAUGAACUAGUUAACGCUUACAGUGAAACAAACAGCAGUGUGCUUCUUUAGCAAAGAAAUGUAAAAUCUGUCAUUUAAGGGCAAAUGUCACCAUCAUCAUCAUCAUCAUCAUCAUCACCAUCCGUGCAUUGAUUUGCUGUAUGUACUGUAUAUACAUAAAUGUAUAUUGUGUAUAUUAGAUCACUGGGUAUGUGUGUGCUAUGAUUUUCAAACACAGUAAAGAUUCAGAAGAGCAGCAGCGGUCAAGGACUCCGGGAUUUUAAACGUGUUUGGCAGCUGUUUAACAAAAAAAAAACAAAAAACGACGACGUUUAAGUGUGCUUUUGAAAAACCUGCAUACAGCACAUGCUAAAAAAAGAAGAAAAGUGUCAUAUUUAUUGCUAAUGUAAGCAGCACAAUAUUAAUUUGUGUUGAUAUGUGUUGUUUUAAAUGGGGGGGGGGUAGCAAAAUGAAAAAAAAAAAGCUAAUUUAUUUGAUUUUAUACACUAGUUCAGCAUUUACAAAUUAUUUUUCUAAAGUGAUGUGCUUUUGUUUCUCUUCUUCUUUUCAGCUUAUUCCAGUCCCCUGAAGGGAAAUUUUACCUUAAAGCAGAAUUCAUCUUCUCCAAAAGCUACUUUGCAAUGCUUUUAAUAUUUAGAAAAGCUUUGUUGUUUGAAGUUGCUAAUGCAUCCAAAAUAUGAAAUAUGACACAUCUCAGGAAAUCCAGCCAAAUUAGAUCAACGCCAUAUCAGUGAGUACAACUUUGAAUACUUAUUUUGUGGGAGAUAUUUGGAGACUUUUUGUGAGAAAACUGUUGAUUUCCGCAAAUACAAGAUUGGAGACAUUUUGGGAUGGAAUUUGAAUUCUGUUUUAUGAUUUUCUUGUUUGUUCAUUUCGCUUUCACCGGUUACAGAAAUGUUACUUUAUUAGAGGACGUUUGCCAGCAGAGUCACCCAUGGUUUUGUGUCACUGGCCUACGAUUAGUUUAUGUUCACAAACGACGGCUCGAUAGGAGUUUUCACCCGCAGUACAUAAAAGCCAUGACCUGUGUCAGUAGAGCUGGGUUUUUUUUGCUCUUGCUCCCCCCAGUGUUCAUUCUAUGUAAAGUCAUCAUAAACCCUGGUGCCAGAGCAAAACAGGCCAGGUGUGUGUGAGAGAGGAGCAACUUCCUGGUUUGAUAUACUGUAAUUACCAAUAAAACUGUGCUAAAAAACACCUGAACACCUGACUCUCUGUGCUCCGGGAUAUAAGCUGCUCUCAGCAGUGAGGUCAACCAGGAAGCUGCUUCUCUUCAUUUCACCUGUUCUGAUGUUUGACUUGUUGCCAAACAGAAGCCGCGGACAUCUUUUAAGAGUCAAGAGGUCGCCUCGCCCCGACUUUUUGUGAGACGAGUCUGAAGCAUUUUAACCUUACGCCGUUUGAUUGUGUCACACCACAUGCAAACAAUCUUGUUUUCUCUAAUAUGCACUGGUAAUAAAAGCACAUGGUUUA